AUUAUGAGUACUUGAUUGUUCGUUAAGCCACGGCAACACGGCAAACGAUCCUUAUCCCUCGAGUCCAACACAUCGGCUCGCUUCGCAUCGCUGGAGUACAUAACUUGCGAGCAAAACCGGUUAACCAAUCCAACUGGCAACUCAACCGAAUUCCAUUCCAUAACUCCACUCGAAACAUCCCAAGAAACCUCACGUGUGCGUUCUCGCCAUCCAUCACGUACAAUCAGCCGCGCGCGCGCCAUGGCGGACGCCCCCGCUGCCGACCCGGAGAAGGCCGGCACCCACGGUAGUGCCGGAGGGGACGACGCCUCCGGCGGAGGCGCGGUGGCCGCCGUGGUCGGGCGCUGGCGGCGGCAAGACCUCCUGGAGAAAUCCGGGUCGGCGCUGCGGGCCGCGGCGUGGGCGCUCUCCCUGCUCUCGUUCCUCGUCAUGGCCGCCAACGAGCACGGCGACUGGAAGCAGUUCGAUCACUAUGAGGAGUACCGGUACAUCGUCGCUGUCGGGCUGCUGGCGUUCAUCUACACCACGCUGCAGCUGGUGCGGCACGGCGUCCGGCUCACCGGCGGACAGGACCUCCAGAGCAAGGCAGGCCUGCUUGUCGACUUCGCAGGAGAUCAGGCGAACUUCCCGGCCUCUGCAUCGGACGAUGCACACACCCAUUUUAUUGCAACAUUAUGUCAAUUCGACACAUGUCUACUUUCUUGCAUCGAACAUUGGUCACGUUGUCUCGUAAAGAUAGUUGGAGCAGAAUCACAGUAACUUACACGCUAGGGAAACAAAACGAUACCUCUACUCGUAGGAAAUUAUAAUCCCUAAAAUGUUUACUGUUGUUAGGGACAGGUUACAAACGCGAUGGCUGGAGAUAUUAUUCCACCAGCUGUUAUUUGCUGGAACUUUAAAUGUAGGCUAAUUGUCUGUGCCUGCAUAGCUCCACAUGGCACUACCAGCAAUUUGGAUUACUAAAUACAGUACAGUAUUGGGUUUGGAAGUCAACACAUAUUUGAUGGAAUUUUCUUCGGUUUUGCUAGGCCAGUCAACGCUAGAACCAUCCGAUUCAAUCAUUGAGAUUCGUGCAAGAUCCAUACAAGUAUAAAUGAUGAAAAAUCUUAACUCGAUGGGUAUGAUCGUCGACUAAAAAAUAACUAUUUUUAAGUCGGCUAAGAAAUAAACAUUCCCAUUUUUCUUUUUCCGGCUGGGGAAUAUUUGGUGAAAAAUUGAGGGUAGCUUUUUUUCGAAGAGGAGAAAGACCUCGGCCUCUACAUCAAUCGAUGCACACAAACAUUUUUAUCGUGAAGUAAUUAUUGAAGUCCUACAAAUCAGUGCUCAGCGAUCCUGGAUACAAAAGGAUCCAACAAAAAAUGUUUAAUUAACAUAACAAGUCUAUACAUCUGAGAGGCGAUUAGUACACUCCGGCUAAACAUAUCCUGAGUAGCCAAAAGGUUUCCGCUGCUGGGCACCAACCAGGAAGGACCAAAGAUGAUUAUGUACCUCCUUCUCAGUAAACUCCGCGACGAGAAUAGAGUUUUCUACUAGGGUCGGUGAUCUGGUCUUUCACAAGAGAGAACGAAUUUGGCGCCAAUGCUCCAAAUAAUGUCUUAUAGUAUUCAGAGAUAAAUAACUGAGGGUAGCUAUAUACAUAUCCUCUGUCUCCUCAAUACACUGAUUCAGUCAGCCACGCGAAACAUUGAUAUAUGAUUGCGUAUGUUUCCUUCUGACAGUGAGUGACCAGCAUUGUUUUCGUGGUAAACCAGGUACAAAUGAUAAGGACAUGAUGUACAUGUGUAUAUUUUAUAGGCAAGCUUUCUUCUAGUCAAAGCACUGUAAAAUUGUACAACGACCUACAAUUUGGACAGGCUGGCUGGAAAAAAGUACUCCCUCCGUCCCAAAAUAAAUGAGAUGGAAUUGCAUAGACUCUUAUACAAAUCCACGUCACUUAUUUUGGAACGGAGGAAGUAAAAAAUAAAUGUAAGGAUUUAGUUUGGAAUUGACGGAUGCUUAGAGGGUUAAUUUAUGAGAAAAUUAAUCGCA